AACGCAUCGCAUCUCUUAUCAUCUCACUGUUCGGUAACCCGAUUUACCCGUGGUCAACAAGCCUUCUUCGUCCAGAGAAUUGUUUCACAGUCACGCUAGUUAUUGCUAAGCUGUAGCAUAGUUACUGACUAGGUUACAAAGUCCUUCUUAGAGUGACAAUAGCCAAGCAUCUCCGAAGUGAAUAGAAGGUUUCCGUUGCAUAUCGGCAAGUGUGGCGAGUGACUAGGACUGCGGGCCGAUUCGUGGCACUCCGAACGCCGUGCUACGAACCGACUUAAAUAGGCAGUCGUUCUAGACGGUUGCUGAACAGGAACUUCCCGGACAGAAAUCGAAGCCAAUUCCUUCUACAUUAAACUUCUUCCCAAUCCUCUGGAAGAACCUAGUCCUUGUCUCCGUCUGCGCUAGCGUCUCCACUGGAAGGCGAUUUCCACAGACACUACCCUGGCAGCCCGUCCUAUCUUUCGACGUCUGGAUAAAACUCGUACGCUCAUCCGCCAUCGGCUGAAGUCCCCCUUUCCCGCCCAGGUCUUCCGAGCUGGGUGUUUCUUAAGACCCUUACAAUAUUUGGCGCCUCCCCUGGACCUCGUGUCACGAGCCCACCAUACUCUCCUCGCCGUUCCUAAAUCCUUCGCCGUAAGCUGCACAAUGUCGCAGGACACAGCUGCGUUAGGCGUCGUGAUGCGGGACCACCUGCAGCCGCCAGUCGAGCGCGUUGCCGACCAGUUGGAGGUUCCUUCGCUGGACGACCGCACAUAUCGUGUUAUACGCUUACCCAACCAGCUUGAGGCUUUACUAGUCCACGAUCCCGAAACGGAUAAGGCCAGUGCCGCAUUAGAUGUCAAUGUCGGCAACUUCAGCGAUGAAGAUGACAUGCCGGGUAUGGCCCAUGCCGUGGAACAUCUUUUAUUCAUGGGUACGAAAAAGUACCCAGUAGAGAAUGCGUAUAACGUUUAUCUCUCUUCUCACUCGGGGAGCUCGAAUGCUUACACCGGAGCCACUUCGACGAAUUACUUCUUCGAUAUUGCUGCGAAGCCGAGCAAUGGCGAGGAACCCUCCGAGACGAAUCUCUCUCCCCUUUAUGGUGGCCUGGAUAGGUUUGCUCAGUUCUUCAUCGAACCGCUGUUCCUACCGUCGACGUUAGAUCGUGAGCUACGUGCUGUCGACUCGGAAAAUAAAAAGAACCUCCAGAGCGACCAGUGGCGUCUCCACCAACUCGAGAAGUCUCUAUCUAACCCUAAGCACCCCUAUCGUCAUUUCUCGACAGGAAACUUCGAGGUGCUUAAGACCCUGCCAGAAUCUAAUGGCAUAGAUGUGCGACAAAAGUUCAUCGAUUUUCACGAAAAGCACUACUCUGCAAACAGAAUGAAGCUUUGCGUCUUAGGCCGAGAACCGCUUGAUGUACUUGAGAGAUGGGUUGCCGAGUUAUUCUCUGGCGUACCGAAUAAGAAUCUGCCACAGAAUCGUUGGGAAACCGAAGUGCCGUUCCCUAAAGAGCUACUAUCCAUGCAAUGCUUUGCAAAGCCAGUUAUGGAUUCCAGAGAGCUGAACCUCUAUUUUCCGUUUUUGGACGAAGAGUACCUUUACGAAACUCAACCGAGCCGAUACAUUAGCCAUCUGAUAGGCCACGAGGGCCCUGGUAGUAUAAUGGCGUACCUAAAGUCGAAGGGAUGGGCCAAUUCACUCAGCGCUGGUGCAUAUCAAAUAUGUCCAGGCACUCCCGGUAUUUUUGACUGUCAGAUCCGCUUAACGAAAGAGGGCCUGAAACAUUAUAAAGAGGUCGUCAAGGUGUUCUUCCAGUACGUAUCACUUCUCAAGCAGACGCCGCCUCAAGAGUGGAUAUUCGAGGAGCAGAAGGGCAUGGCGGAUGUGGACUUCAAAUUUAAACAAAAAACACCAGCCAGCCGCUUCACAAGCAGAAUAUCCGCCGUGAUGCAAAAGCCAUUACCUCGAGAAUGGCUACUCAGCGGUCAAAGCUGCCUCCGGAAGUUCGACCCAGAAGCCAUUGUUAAGGGCGUGCAACUGUUGAGACCCGACAACUUUAGAAUGACCAUCGUAUCUCGAGACUUUCCGGGAGGUUGGGAUCAGAAAGAGAAGUGGUACGGGACGGAGUAUAAGGCUGAGAACAUCCCUGAGGAUUUUCUAGUCGAGAUUACCAAGGCCUUAGAGAGUACCUCAGAAGACCGCCUUCCCGAUCUACAUCUUCCGCACAAAAACCAAUUCAUCCCGACAAAACUCGAGGUAGAGAAGAAAGAAGUUGAACGGCCAGCACUAGCGCCUCGGGUGAUUCGAAAUGACGAAGUUGCGAGAACCUGGUACAAGAAGGACGACACGUUCUGGGUUCCGAAGGCAAAUUUGAUCGUCAGCAUUAAAAACCCGAUCAUAUUUGCUUCGGCAGAUAACUCUGUCAAGUCGAAGUUGUUUACGGAUCUAGUACGAGAUGCACUAGAAGAAUACUCAUACGACGCCGAACUUGCUGGAUUGCAGUACAAUGUGAGCCUUGAUUCUCGGGGGUUGUUUGUUGAUGUGUCCGGCUACAACGAUAAACUGCCUGUAUUAUUGGAGCAAGUUCUCAUUACGAUGCGAGACCUUGAGGUCAAGGACGAGCGUUUCGAGAUCAUCAAGGAGAGGUUGACUCGUGGCUACAAGAACUGCGAGCUACAACAGCCUUUUACGCAAAUCGGUGACUACGUCUCGUGGCUGACUUCGGAGCACGACUACGUAGUCGAGCAACUCGUAGCGGUGUUGCCAGAAAUUACGGCCGAAGACGUAAGACAAUUCUACAAGCAGAUAAUGUCACAGCUGCACAUUGAGGCUUAUGUCCACGGAAACGUAUAUAAGGAGGAUGCGCUCAAGUUGACAGACAUGAUCGAAAAGAUACUAAACCCCCGAGUUCUACCGAAGGAGGAGUGGCGUGUCAUUCGAUCAUUAGAAUUCCCUCCAGGGUCAAACUAUGUCUUCAAGAAGACCCUCAAGGAUCCCGCGAAUGUCAACCACUGCAUCGAGUACUACCUCCAUAUAGGUGAUAAAGGAGAUCGCAUGAUUCGUGCAAAGACACAACUUCUGGACCAAAUCAUUCACGAACCAGCUUUUGAUCAACUUCGGACAAAAGAGCAACUUGGCUACAUUGUCUUCAGUGGCCUUCGAAGUUCGGCUACUACGUACGGAUUUCGCUUUAUCAUACAGAGCGAACGCACUACCGAGUAUUUGGAAUCUCGAAUCGACUCAUUUCUGGCUGCACAGACAAGCUCUCUGGAGAACAUGAGCGACACGGACUUUGAGAGCCACAAGAGAAGUGUGAUAAUCAAGCAUCUUGAGAAAUUGAAGAACCUGGAUCAAGAGACGGGUCGUCACUGGACGCACAUAAGCACUGAGUAUUAUGAUUUUGAGUCAGCUCAGCGAGACGCAGCCCAAGUUAAGGAACUUACGAAGUCAGAGAUGAUAGAGUUUUACUCGACCUAUAUCAGCCCGACAUCACCGACACGUGCAAAAUUGGUCGUACAGCUUAUUGCUCAGGGUGUCAGUCCCAAAGUGAAGGAAGUUGAGGAGUCGACCAACGGAGACAUAACCACAUCUUUGUCGAAUGGCACGGAGCCGGUCUUGAUACAAAGUGUCCGGGACUUCAAAGCAGGGUUGUCGGCGACAGCAGGAGCUCGUCCGGUUAGGGAUAUUAGCGACUUUGAGGAGAUAGACUCCAAGCUUUGAAACCAAAGUUUUACGAGGAAGCGUUUGGUAGAAAUUAAAACGCGGAGUGCUAUACCCAUCUGUUCUGCAUAGCACAUUUUUAAAAAGCGUAUUUGGUUCUGGGCAAGAAAGACUUAUAGCACGGUUAGGUUAGGUACAUUUCGAAAUGAAGUGAUGGUGUAAGUGAGAUAUAGAUGAUGCGUUUUCUUAGACCUUCUCUAGAAGUCCAAGUUAGGUACCUCUUUAGGUAGUCUAGCGGGGACAGUCUUAUUUUAUUAUUGGUCGUUGGUUAAGUCAGCGUGCUGCCGGAUCCAAAAAAAGAAGAAAAAAAAAAAAGAAAAGAAAACUCGAGACUUGUGUACAAUUAGAGGUAGACGCAGAAAAAUUAGAGACAAUUAGGUAGCUGCUCGGAUAGAGGAGAUGGGAAUCUUUAUAGGUAAUACAAAACCUUUAAGGUACCUACAUGAUAGAUGACCUAUUUUAAAAGUAUCUAGGUUAGGAGGUACCUGAGGUAGGUAUCCAUAGAAAAUGGAAAUAUCUGAUGUGAAAACCGA